AUGAUAUCCGAGGACGCGGACUUGCUCAAGGAAUUGAACGAGUGUUACACGCGACAGACCGCACAUCAGAAGCAAAAGAUACACGAGAUCCAUUCGUUGUACGAGCAGAAGGUCGAGGCGAUGUCGUUUGACAAUAACAGACUUCACGAAGAAUAUCUCGCUUCCAAGACUGAAUUGAGUAAUCUUCAAGGGAAAUACGAUGUUCUUUACAAGGAAUAUGAAAAGUUGCAAAACGAUAACACCAAAACAAUGCCUAUUCAUGUACAUAACGCCGCAGUCGAAGAAUGCCGAGAAUUGUUUGAGAAAUUGAAGCGCCAGUAUGAAACUGAAAAGGAAAAACUGUCCGCUCGCAUUAAGGAAUUGGACGAGUCCUGCGGCCAAAACAAAACUCAACUAGAUGUAGUUACAAUAGAGAGAAAUCAAUUGAAAACAUUGAACAAAAGCUUUGAGAAGCGUUUGAAACGUAUGCAGCGAAAGCUGGAGCAUUUUCAAAAGAUCGCGCAUUCUAUGCAAAUAUCUCGGGAUUCUUUUAAGAAGCAGUUAAGGAAAACUACACUGUACUGCGAAGAGUUGUUCAGUGAAUAUGAGAGAAUGGCCGCCGAACGGGACAAGUUAGUUGCACUUUUACACGAAACGGAAAAUGAGAACGCAAGUAUUCAUUUUCUUGGCGAUACUAUCACUCAACGAGUGGGUCACUUAAAGGAUCAAUUAAAGAUCGUACACGAAGGCGCCAAGCAGCAGUUAGCACUGGCGGAGAAAAAUAUGAAGGUGCAGCAACUCGGAGUUCACCGGAUGAAGGACGAGUACCACCGCGAGCUGCAACGCUUCAAGCAUCUGCUGAAGCAAAAGGAGGAAACGAUCGGACGACUGCAAAAAGAGAUCAAUGCGACCCGCGAGAACUUGGAACUCGUUUGGAAAGUCACCGGAAAGUCCAGUACUGAUAACAAGAAAGUUAAAGAGGCGCUGAAAACCGUCAGGAUUCAGCACGUUUAG